ACGGUCGGAAGCUCAGGUUGUGUACAGUACUCAUGCAGUAGGCAUAAAAACAAGAGACGUGGAACUCAAUCAAGAAACAUGAUUUCUUGGUGGAUAAUUUUGGCAAUAUUUAUGAUAUUUUUGAUCAUACUAUAUUUUGCUUCUCCUUUAAUUACACCAAAAGCGUUGAAAUUGCAAGGUUCACAUGUCUUGGUAACUGGUGGGUCUAGUGGUAUUGGUAAAGCUUUAGCUAUAAAUGUAGCUAAAAGAGGAGCAAAUAUAACCCUUCUUGCAAGAAAUAAAAGUAAAUUACAAGAAGCCAAGGUAGAAGUUGAGAAACAUUUUUUAAAUAAGGAUUCUCAGAGUGUCAUAUGUAUAUCUGUUGAUAUUUCUAAAGAUUAUGAAGCUGUUGAAAAAGCAGUCCAACAGGCUGAAGACAAAUUUGGACCCGUAGCACUUUUAGUGAACUGUGCUGGUACGUCCAUGACUGGUGUGUUUGAAGAAAUUCCACCCAGUGAAUUUAAAAGAAUGCUAGAUAUAAAUUAUCUAGGCAGUGUAUAUGUGACACGGGCUGUGGUACCCAGUAUGAAGAAACAACAACAGGGUCGUAUAGUAUUUGUUUCUUCACAGGCUGGACAAUUAGGUCUGUUUGGUUAUACAGCAUAUUCAGCAUCAAAAUUUGCAUUAAGAGGUUUAGCAGAAGCACUACAGAUGGAGUUGAAACCAUAUCAUAUUCGUGUCACAUUAGCUUUCCCACCAGAUACUGAUACACCAGGUUAUGCUGAAGAACAAAAAUCUAAACCAAAAGAAACACAUCUAAUAUCAGAAGUAGCUGGGCUAUUUUCCCCUCAUGAAGUGGCUAAAUCGAUUAUUGAAGAUUCUACUCAUGGUAAAUUUUUUAGUUAUAUGGGAUUAGAUGGCUACAUGUUAUCAUGUUUAACAUGUGGUAUGUCACCAGUUAUAUCAAUGAUGGAUGCUACACAACAGGUUGUCACAUCUGGCAUAUUUAGAGUUAUUUCCCUUUUCUACCUGGAUUACUUUGAUAGAAUUGUGCAAAAAUGUAAACUAGAGAGAGAAAAUAUCAAAGAAGACAAGAAAACAUCAUGAUUAUAUGAAUGUGUGCUUUAAUAUUUAUAAGACAUUUGUAUUUCAUUGUGUUUCUUUGCCUUUCACCACUGUGUAUUAUUUAAGAACUAGUGGUAAAUGAUGACAUUUCAUAUUUCAACAUUGAUUCUCAUGUCACAGGUCCAAUCUAUCCAUUGUCUACAAAUGAUAGUGAUAUUGCAGACAUUUUUAGUGUGUUGCCUAAGAGACAGAUUGCCAAAUUUAAAUGCACACACAGAUCUGGCAGUGAACAAACUUACUCAAAUCUAAUAUUUAAUGUAUAAAUUAUUUUUGCUCCUAAGGUCUUCAUUUAUUUUAAGUUCUGAAUAAAUAAUUAUGGAGAUUGAGAAAGGUUAGAAAUUUAGUAUGGCUUAACACAGAUGUCAUGUAGGCCUGGGAGCACUUCAGAUUUUAGAGUCUCUUAACAUAAAAAAAAAAUUACAUGAUAAAUAAAAUCAGUAAACUAAAAUGAAUGAUAAACAGCAUUUGUUUAAAAAUAAUAUAAGGUACUGGGCCCUUAUUCACGAAAACUUAAACUAAGUUACAACCAAAAUUUUAAGAAAUACUACAACUUCAUUGGAUAUAUGCAAAUUGAUUUUACUGGUCUGCUAAUCGAAUUGCAGUAUUUCUUAAAAUUUCGAUUGUAUCUUAGUUUAAGUUUUCGUGAAUAAGGGCCCAGGUUAUAUAAGAAUAACUUUGACCUUGUGUACAUUACAAAUCUUGUCAGAUAAACCUCAGAUGCAAUUUUGGUGCACCCUGUCUUCCUAUUAACUGGUACACCUGGUAAAUAUUUAAAAAUAUUGAAAUUAAUUUGAUUAAUUUAUUACAUUUUGUUAUAGGUGUAUUAUUUAUUGUAUCUUCACUAAUUCUACUUAUUUAAGUAGAACCAUUAUUGGUAUACUUAUGUUUCUAUGCAAGAACAAUGUAUUAUGUAAAAUAUUAUGCAUAAUUAUAAUGGAGAAUAAACUAACACAUGUAUAUUUAUAAUGGGACAAUAAAUCAUUUUCUUAUAAAUUGUAA